AUGGGAAAGGCAAUGCUGGCAGCUGUCUUUGCUGACUCCGAUCCCAGCAUCAUGAAUGUGUCCUUUGCUCACCUCCACUUUGCAGGAGGGUACCUGCCAUCUGACUCCAAGUCCUGGAGGACCAUCAUUCCAGCUCUCUUGGUGGCUGUGUGCCUGGUGGGCUUCCUGGGGAACCUAUGUGUGAUCAGCAUCCUCCUUCAUGGUGUUCGUCAAAGAAAGCCAUCCAUGAUCCACUCCCUGAUUCUGAACCUCAGCCUGGCUGACAUCUCUCUCCUGGGCCUUUCUGCACCUGUCCGAGCUACAGCAUACUCCAAAGAUGUUUGGGAUCUAGGCUGGUUUAUCUGCAAGUCCUCUGACUGGUUCAUCCACACAUGCAUGGCAGCCAAGAGUUUGACAAUUGUUGUAGUUGCCAAAGUGUGCUUCAUGUAUGCAAGUGACCCAGCCAAGCAAGUGAGUAUCCACAACUGCACCAUCUGGUCAGUGCUGGUGGCCAUCUGGCUUGUAGCCAGCCUGCUUCCCCUGCCAGAAUGGUUCUUUAGCACCACCAGACAUCACGGAGGUGUGGAAAUGUGCCUGUUGGAUGUGCCAGCUGUGGCUGAAGAAUUCAUGUCAAUGUUCGGUAAGCUCUACCCUCUUCUGGUGUUUUGCCUUCCUUUACUGCUAGCCAGCUUUUAUUUCCAGCGAGCUUAUGGCCAAUGUAAAAAACGAGGUACGAAAACACAAAACCUGAGAAACCAGAUGCGUUCUAAGCAACUCACAGUGAUGCUGCUAAGUAGUGCAGUCACCUCUGCUCUUCUGUGGCUCCCUGAGUGGGUAGCCUGGCUGUGGGUAUGGCAUCUGAAGGCUGGAGGUCCACUGCCACCACAGGGGUUUAUAGCCCUGUCUCAAGUUCUGAUGUUCUCCAUCUCUACAGCAAACCCUCUCAUUUUUCUAGUGAUGUCUGAAGAGUUCAAGGCAGGCUUGAAAGGUGUAUGGAAAUGGAUAACCAGAAAGCCCGCAGCUGCCUCAGAGGUUCAGGGGGUACCAGAUGGAAACACAGAGGUCCUUCCUGACAAGGUUCCCUCUCCAGAGUCCCAAACAUCCAUUCAAGAGACAGACAGACCUGACUUUCCCAACUCCAGCAAAGAGAAAACUGACAAGACAGUGAUUCCCAUCCUCCCUGAUGUUGAGCAGUUUUGGCAUGAGAGGGAUGCUGUCCCUUCAGCACAAGACAAUGACCCUAUUCCCUGGGAACAUGAAGACCAAGAGACAAAGGGCUGCAAUUAA